AUGUCUGUUUCCAAUUUGAAAGUUGCCGUGAUUGGUGCCAAUGGGAAAGUGGGUCGUUUUUUGCUAACACAAUUGAAAAAUGAUACCAAGCAUUUCAGCACACCCCUUGCUGUGGUAAGAUCAAAGGAACAACAGAAUUUCUUUAAAAAUGAGUUCGGGAUUAAUGCUUCGCUAACUAGCAUUGAACAUUCUAGUGUCAAAGAACUUGCAGCCGCCUUGAAAGGUUAUGAUGCUGUCGUCUUUACUGCCGGAGCUGGUGGUAAGGGGUUGGAAAGGAUUUUUACUGUCGAUUUGGACGGGUGUGUGAAAACUGUGGAAGCCUGUGAGCAAUUGGGUAUUAAGAGAUUGAUUGUUGUUUCCGCAAUUAAAGCUGAAGACCGUUCAUUUUGGUGGAAUAUGGAAGGUUUAAGAGACUAUUAUAUUGCCAAGAGGGCCGCUGAUCAUGAUGUGAGAAAUUCCAAGUUAGAUUAUACCAUUUUACAACCUGGAUUUUUGCAAGAGGGUAAGGGAACAGGAUUGGUUCAACCGCUAGAUAGAAUUGAAGAGAAGAAGGACAGUUAUAAAAUUGAAAGAGAAGAUGUGGCAUCUGCCAUUGUUCAAUGCUUACUUCAUCCUGAAACUACCUCUAGAAAGACCAUCGAACUGGCUAAUGGUGACCAACCAAUUGAAACUUUCAUAAAAUCUUUAUAA